CCCGUCCGUUGCCAUAGUAGAAUUGGAAAUGUGCGUUCUGUCGUCACAUGAGUGCGUCCGUAAGUCGUGAAGCGGCUUGAUUUUCCACCGCAAUCUGCUUUUUCACGUCGUGUAGACACACGACUCGAGAUCACUUUUAUACAAGACUUAAGGCGUUUUCUCGUGUGUUUUCACGCAUUCGGCGCAUGCACCGUUAGCUUUAGCCGCAUAGCUCGGUUUUAUUGUUUUGUGUGAACGUUGGCUUUAGCUUUCAUCAGCCUGCCAGUGGAUUCGUCGUUCGUGUUGGCCUAUGUCAACAAAAGAUUGUUUCUUCUUAUGUGUAACCGUAAUGUCGCAUAGUACAUAUAUCAUAUUUCGCUGAGUUGUUAUCGGACAGGCUAAAUCAGCGCGAAGUUAAUGCGGGUUUGUUAAGCCGGAGGAAAAGGAAGAUCAGACUAGAAGCGUUUCUGUCGUCAGACGAGUAAAUUAAGAGGAAAACUGUCCAAGACCAAACAAAGAGGACGUGCCGCAUCUCUUUAUUGACAGACCGAGAAUAAAACAGGCUGAUAUGAUGUUUCCACAGGCCAGACACUCGGCUUCGUCUCAAUCGACACAGCCACUCAAAUUCACCACAUCGGACUCUUGCGACCGCAUCAAGGAUGAGUUUCAGUUCCUGCAGGCGCAGUAUCACAGUCUGAAGUUGGAAUGUGAUAAACUAGCCAGUGAGAAGUCUGAAAUGCAGCGUCAUUACAUUAUGUAUUAUGAGAUGUCAUACGGACUCAACAUCGAAAUGCACAAACAGGCAGAGAUCGUGAAAAGAUUGAAUGGAAUCUGUGGACAGGUGUUGCCUUACCUGUCUCAAGAGCACCAGCAGCAGGUGCUGGGAGCAAUCGAGAGAGCCAAACAAGUCACACCCCCUGAGAUGAACUCCAUCAUUCGGCAGCAGCUUCAAGUUCACCAGCUUUCGCAGCUUCAAGGUUUGGCAUUACCCAUGAACGCUCUGCCGAUGGGAUUGACUCAGCCCAACCUGCCCGCUGUCACCUCCAGCUCCGGCCUCCUGUCUCUGUCCAGCAUCCUUGCAUCACAUGCUCAACAGGCCAAAGAAGAGAAGAACGCCCGCGAGGGGGCCGACGGCCAUCGUGAGGAGGACGGUGACAAAUCUGACUAGUUCUAGAGGACACUGACAGAGAAAGUGUUGUUAAGUCCAAACAUGAAAUCACUUCUCACGUGUAUCUCUCUUUAUCAUACUUUCGUUAGAUCGUCUCUGAUUCAUUCUGUACUCUCUCCCAAAUAAUUCAAAUCAAAUGAAAUCAAGUUUGAUUCAUUCUUUUUAUGCGUGAUGCGUCUUUAGGCAUUAUUAAUGUUGUUUAUUUUUAAGCUCAAUGAAUAAAAAUGUAUCGGGGAACACCAGAAACCACAUAGCAGUGCCCUAGAAUCCACCCAGAGCAUCCUUGCAACCGCAUAGAAGCAUCCGAUGCUCUCAGUAAUCUCAAAACAGCGCUCUGGCAAGUCCUCAGAGAAUUUAGUAUUGUUUUACAUGGGUACCAUCUACAUUUUCUUCAGAGCAUGUGUAAAUCUCACUCGUCUGACUCGUCUCAUUUAGCUUUUUUGAUCCGUUUCUACGUCUGAAACACGCGUCUCUUCUCUCAUCGUAAAGCCCCGUCAAAUCACGGCCGUAGUUUAUUCUCAGAUAGAAAACAAAAGUGAUGUGUUUGAGUGUGUAAUUUACUCUUUAAGUUUAACCUCCAGCAGUAUGAAGUGAUAGAUCUCUCAUAGUUUUGGGAGCCGGGUCUAAGCACACUUUUUGGUUAGCAAAGCACUUGUGAUGUGCCUGUAUUAGAGCAGAAUUCAGUCUCCCUUGAACUGACAUAAAUCCCAACAUUUAAGAAAACCAUCUUCUGUCCAGUGUGCUAUUAACACAAAUAAGCGACUGCGAAAUAUUCUCACUUAAAAGGAUUUGUUAGCAGUGGGUGUUGUUCCAUGUAUGACCAGAGGGUUGCACUGUUUAGCUAAUGAGUGUGUGUGUCGGAUUGGUUUUUGUAAAGAUGUGUCUGGUCAUGUUUGAAACGGCAUACUACCGUACUGCUGUGCUUGGUGUACGCUGGGUGAAAUAUCCUGUAUAACCUGCAACGUUUGCCAAGGUGUGCAGUAUAGAACACACUGCACCAAAUAGCGUUUCCCCACAAUGCAGUGUGCUUUCCAGUGUGACAACCUUGUAGAAAUAUACAUUUGAAGUUUCCAGGACCCUAAGCAUGCGAUGUAAUAAUGGAAAAUAAUUCACAUAAUAUGGGUGGCUUGUGUGCAGUUAGUAGAAUGCUAGUACUCCAUCAAACAUAGCUGUGUGGUUUUAAGAACAUGCUACCUAUAGCUAUGCAUGAGCACUGGUGCAUUGUGGGUGUUUUGUAAUUCUGAAUGAAUGUUUUUCAUGUGUCAAGGAAAUGUUUGGGCAUCCCAUAAUUCUUUUUUUUUCAGUUCACCUGUGCUCAUGUGUUCUAAACGCAACGGUAUGUGCUGCAUACAUGCUGAGAUCAAGAAUCUAUACUUUUGUUUUUUAAACAUUUCUUUUUGAUUUGAUCUCAAAACAAAUUUUCCAAAGAAAGUAAAGUUGUGUGCUGUUGCAGGGCCAGUUUAUACACAUAUAUAAAUAUAUCAAUAUACAUAUAAUUUUGUAAAGAUUUUUGUAUGUAUAAAGCUACAUUUAUGGUGUAUGUGUGCCAGAGGACACAGCUUCGAGAGGUGGAUGCUGUGACAUACAGAUAUCUAUCAUCAUGUACAGUAUACAGUCAAUGAUUAGUUACUAAUGGUUAAUCUUUCGGUUCAAUAUCUCCGCCCUUGUCUCAGUCCUCUUACCAUCUUCUGAUCGGGAACAACUCACCCCCGAAAACCUAAUUGCGUAACUAUUUUGGCACCGAUUUUCAGAACUUGCAGAACCUGUGUAUUUCAGCAUGAUGUAAACGAGGAUCUUGUUUUCUGCUCUGCCCCUUUUCUCCCUAAAUCCCACCCACCUCCACAUGUAGCCCCUCCCUCUUUUGGUGGCAGUACUUUUUAAACGUUUUGGAGCUUUGUAGUGGUUCUUUUAAAAUGUGUGUGCGUGUUGUAUGUAUUGCAAUGAUGUACUUGAUGACACAUGUAUGUUGUUUGUGUAAUGAAACUGUUAUAACUUCAUUUAAAGAUUUUAAAAAAUCUAAUGUUAAAACAUUUACUAUAGCUGAAUGAGAGAUUGAGCAGUAAGGAAGUAUUUAUUGUGCCUUACAAAUAAACGACUCAUUGGACCUUU